AUGGCAGUUUUUUGGGAGAUUUUGCUCUAUAUCACCUUUCUUUGGCUCGUCCUCAUUAUUUCGUACACCGAUCGAGACGAACGCUCCUUUUAUAUGACAAAGAUGUCUGAGAAUGUGUUCGACGUCAAGAAGUCUUUUAGUAGUAUCAAUGCUGCUGACGAUUUCUUUCAAUGGGCUAACACAACACUUAUCAACGGGCUGUAUUGGGAGCAAUGGUACAACGGAGGUUCUGUAGAACAUGGGGGAUUCACGAAAGACAACAUUGGCAAGCUGCUAGGAGGAGCGAGAUUGAGACAAAUUCGAGUGAAUACAGAUUCGUGUAACGUUGUCGAAACAUUUGAAGACGACAUUAAACGUUGCUAUUCUCAAGCAAGCGCCGGCAACGAACAAAAGAAUUAUGGCGUGGGAUGGACGGUCACUACAAACGUAAGUGACUCGCGUUGGCGAUGGAGUAGCAGGUCUGAUCUGGACGGAGUACCGUAUUGGGGUAAAGUCGACAUUUACUCUGGUGCUGGGUAUGUGCAAGACCUCGGCCAUACCAGUUCUCAAGCCAGACGUACGUUGUUAGGGUUGCGCGAUAAUCUUUGGAUUGAUCGUCAAACAAGAGCCGUAUUUGUCGAAUUUACUAUAUACAACGCCAACGUCAAUCUCUUUCAAUCUCUUACGUUCUUAAUCGAGUUUCCCGCCACAGGUGGAGCAUUCCCGUCGUAUCAGUUUCUUUCUAUCAGACUGAUCAGAUACGUUAGCUCUCUGGAUUCUCUCAAAUUAGCGUGUGAAAUUUUGUUUAUUUUCUUUAUUAUUCUCUACUCGUACCGUACUUUCAAGGAAGCACGCCAAAUUGGGAUGCGGACUUACAUUAAGUAUUUUUGGACUUGGAUCGACAUUUCGUAUUUAACUUUGUCUUACGCGGCCAUCGUUUAUGCCAUUUAUCGCAUUGUGGCCAUUAAACAGCUUCUCAGUCGGUAUAGUAAAUCGCGCGACAAUUUCAUCAAUUUCUACCCAACUGUGCUCGCAAAUCUGACGAUGCAAUACGUUCUAGCCUUCUUGGGAUUUCUCGUCACAAUAAAGGUUCUCAAACUAUUUCGCUUUAAUCGACGAAUGACAAUGUUGGGAAUGGUUAUGAAAAUUGCUGCUUCGGAGAUUCUGUCAGUUAUAACCAUUCUUGUUGUUGUUCUGUGGUGUUUCACCCAAUUUGGAUAUUUGGUUUUACUGGAGAACAGCGAAUUCCGUUCGUUGGCUUCGACAAUGAGAACUCUGAUGAGUACAAUCCUAGGCAACUUUGAAUUCUACGGAUGGGUAAAAGCACAUCGUAUUCUAGCGCCAAUUAUGUUCUUCGUCUUCAAUCUGGCCGUCUUCUUUGUCUUGCUGAACCUCUUCUUAGUCAUCCUCAAUAGGUCGGUCUUCAAAAUAAGGAAAUCGCUCUUGGAGCAGAGCAACGACUUCGAAGUACUGGAAUACAUGCUGAGACGCUUACGCUUAUGGCUUGGCUGCAGCUCAAAGCAGGCAAUUGACAUGCGAGAAGAAACUACUUCUUGUAGUACUUUUCGCUCUGAGAUCAGUGUACUUAGUGCUCGAGAUAUCAAACUUGGUGAGACCGAAUCAACGCGCAAGAUUUACGGACAAUCACCUGCUGGCUCGGAGGAAGACUGUAAACAUCACUGUGACUUUGGCAGCAACAAUCAAAGUUUGCCUGAAUUGUGGGAAUACGAUUUAUCAGCAAAGGUAGACACUAUUCUUCGUCUUGUCGAUGCACUGUUUCCGAUAAAAGAAGGCAAGCGAGGGGAACCGGUCUACAAGUGGGGAAAGAACUAG